UUAGAAAAAGCGAAGACGAAAAGAAGAAGAGAGAGCAAUAAAUGGCGUCGGGCUAUCUACCGCAUCUCAAGAUCGCCGCGAAAAAUUCUCCAGUUUGAGCAAAGGUAAGCCUCCGAAUCUUCACGUUCUCUCUCUAUUUCUUCUUUACAAAACCCUAGCUCUCGCGAUCCAUUAAAACCCCCAGAAACCCUAAUUCCUCAUGGAUGCACUCGAAGAACCCUCCCCUCGAGACUCCCCCAACUCCGACGCCGACGUGUCAUCGCCGGCGGCGUCGUCCAAUUACUCUUCUUGCGAUGGAUCGGAGUUCGACCGUUACUGCAGUGCGAAUUCGGCGUUGGGGAGCGCGAGCUUGUGUAGUUCGGUUGGGAAUCACAGCGAACUGUUGGAGUCUUUGAAGAGUUCUCAUCGUUGGAAUGGGUUCGAUGGGUUGUUGGAUGUCGGCGGCGUUGAAACCCCGAGAGGGAAUGGUUCAGGAUUGAGUCCUCCGAGCAGGAAUAGAACUGAGUCCAAGUUUUCCCGAUCGUCGUUGGAGAAUUCGAUGAGUUUUAAGGGAAAGUCUACUGAAGAUUCGGAAUCCGAGGGCGCGAGUUUUGAUUAUGGGAGGCAAAAUGGUUAUCAAGGAGACGUAGUUUUGAUGGAUCGAAGAAGUUCGCUGGCGAAAGUUAGAACUGGGUCCGACUCAUUGAUGAAAUCUAUGGAUGAUUCGUCGUUGGAUAAGGGUAAAUCUUCUAUCAAUGCCACAAAUUCGACUAUUGGAAGUGGAUUGAGUGAAGAAGAGACUAAGUUUGGCGAAAAUUUAAGUUGUGAAGAUUCAGAAGGUGAGGCCUCGAGCAUUGGUUAUGGCUCUGGUGAUGAGAGAAGGAUUCAUCUUGUAAUGAGACAUAAACAGCAAGUUAGUAAAGAAAGCGAUAAUGAGACUGGGAACCCAUUGUUUAUGAACUCAUCGGUGGCUUUUGGGGCUAAUGACUGGGAUGAGUUUGAGCAAGAAAGAGCAGGAGUUGAUUUAGGAUCACUGUCAUUAUAUGAAGAUAGUCUAAUGCAGCAACAGCCAUCAAUAGCUUAUGUAGAUGGUCCCUCUGUAAAAGAAACAAAAAUCGAUGUCAAAACUCAGUUGAGAGAUAAUGAAGUUUCGAGCUCACAAAAAUCUUUUUCAGAAGAACCUUCUGUGGAAGCGACAUCCAUCCACAGUGAGGAAGCACCUCAUUCUGAUUUAGGUGAAACUUCUUCGAAACAGAUAGUGGAUGAAUUGGAACUUACAGUUACUCCCCUUUGUAGUAGUAUUUUUGAACAGUCCUUUCAUGCCCUGAAUAGAGCUUUCGAGAGAAAAGGUACUGAGGCCGAUGACAUUGAUGAGGUUGGUAUUGGUCAGGAUUUGGCUCCUAAAAGCAUUCUAGUCACGAGUACUGAGUCUAUAGAUGUCGUUGGGGAUGAUCUUCUACUGAAUGAGGUCAAGAACGUGGACAACUCUGAAUCCUGUGAUGAUAUGGUUCUUGAAAUGGAGGAGAUUUUACUGGAUUCAGGCAACUCACAUGGAUCUAGGUCCGUUAAUUCAAAUGGAGGUUAUAAAACUCCUCAUUCUCAGCAUUUCAGAGAUGGCAGUUCGACUGCUUCUACUUCUGGAACUGAUGAUGUAUAUCCCCUUCUUCAGUAUCCUCCAAACAUCGAUCGGGUUGAGGUUAUUGGUGCAAAACAAAAAAAGGGAGAUGUUUCUUUGGGGGAAAGGCUAGUUGGGGUCAAAGAAUAUACAAUAUACAAGUUGCGAGUAUGGAGUGAUAAGGAUCAAUGGGAGGUUGAGCGCCGUUACCGUGAUUUCUUUGGUCUUUACCGUCAGCUAUAUGCUUUCUUCAUGGACCUUGGCCUGAGCCUUCCUCCUCCAUGGUCCAGAGUUGAGAAGGAAUCCAGGAAAAUAUUCGGGAAUGCUUCUCCAGAUGUUAUCAGCAAGAGAAGUAUUCUUAUUCAAGAUUGCUUGCAGUCUAUCUUGAACUCCAAAUACUCUUUUGGAACUCCUAGCUCGAUGGUUUCUUUUUUAUCCCCAGGCCAACCCUUUCCUAACUCUAGCUUAUUAAAAUCCCUUGUUCCUCAAUCUCUGCACAAGCUUGGGAAGGAUCAACUUUUGAAGUCAUUUAGUUUGUCUUCUUCUAAAAAUAUUUCCAUGUUGGGAAAGACCAUUUCCCUUGUGGUUGAAAUAAAACCUCAUAAAUCUAUGAGACAACUACUAGAAGCCCAGCAUUACAUGUGUGCUGGUUGCCAUAGACAGUUGGAUGCUGGAAAGACCCUACUACGAGAAAUUGUACAGACUAUUGGAUGGAACAAGCCCCGGUUUUGUGAAUACACCAGUCAGUUGUUUUGUGCUUCAUGCCAUACAAAUGAUACUAUAGUUCUGCCUGCGAAAGUCCUACAUCACUGGGAUUUUUCUUUAUAUCCAGUGUCUCAAUUGGCUAAAGCAUAUUUGGAAUCUAUAUAUGACCAGCCCAUGCUUUGUGUGAGUGCCGUCAAUCCUUUUCUGUUUCCCAAAGUGCCGGCUUUGUUUCAUGUUACGGGUAUCAGGAAGAAAAUAGGAGCAAUGCUUCCAUAUGUCCGUUGUCCAUUUCGGAAAGCUGUUCAAAGAAGCCUUGGUGUUCGCAGAUAUCUUCUUGAGAGCAAUGACUUUUUUGCACUCCGGGACCUUGUUGAUCUCUCCAAAGGGGCAUUUGCAGCUCUCCCAAAUAUGGUAGAGACAGUUUCAAACAAAAUCCUCGAGCAUAUCACUGAGCAAUGCCUUGUGUGCUAUGACUCUGGUAUCCCUUGUGCUGGCCGACAAGAUUGUGAUGAACCCGCAUCCCUCAUUUUCCCAUUCCAGGAAGCUGAAGCGGAGAAAUGUCCUUCAUGUGGGUCUAUCUUCCACAAGCCAUGCUUCGUCAAACUCAUGGGCUGCUGUCCUUGUGGAAAGCUCAAAGGCAGCAGUCAAAGGACAUCAGACCGAGCAAUUGAGCCCGCUGGCUCAAGUUUAUCAUCUGGUCUUCUAUCUGAGAUUUUUUCGAAGGAAAAAGCAGAUAAAAUGUUUAGGCCUAAGAACAGCAAUCCUGUGAUAUUGAUGGGUUCUUUGCCAAACACUUCUUUGUAGUCACUGUAAUGAGAAUUGUUGUUGUUCAUAGUAUUGUUGGCAUGAGUUGUAACAGAUGCCUUGUAUUCUGGGAUAUUGUGAGAGGUGAUUUUAUUCAAUUCUUUUGUAAAAGAUGACAUGCGUGUGAUAAUAAUGUGAAGGUAAUAAAGUGAACGCCUUUGGUUUAGGAA